UGCGUGUUUAUCGCCUAUACACACGAAGUAACAUUACAUAAUCAGAGGGCUUAUGUAAUGUUACUCUGUGUGUACAUACCGAUAAGCAUGUGGUAGGGAUUGUUCUUACGAGCUUGUAUCCUGGAAACGGAUAAUCACCACGGCAACGUGACGUCAAACGUUUAGCGCCUAGUGCGUUUGUCGUACGUGCAGUCGCCCCGUUGAGUGGCAGCUGGCAAUGGCGGAGCUAGCGAGAGACCCCGACUUCAUAUCUCCUAAGAAGCGAAAGCGCAGCGAUGUUGCUAGUUCUUCUAAGAGGUUUUAAUGUCUGAGGAAGAAUUGGUCAGUAUCUCGAAGCCGUUUGUUCCUGGAAACACUAAAAAGAACAGCGAUUGGACUCUUACCGUCUUUCGGGAGUAGCGAAGUUAUCGUAACGCAACGGUCUCAGAAGGAGAGCGGCAGUGUCAGAGUGACAUUUUGGAGAACGCUAACGUGGAAUAGUUGUUAUCUCUUUUUGUGUAGGCGAAAUUCGAAACAAGAGUGGCAAGCCGUAUUCACCAAAAUCCAUCCACCAAAUUCUCUGCACUACUAUCCAAAGAUCAGCGGAAGAAAUUGAAGCAGAAUUUGACACUCUAGUAUGGAGGACAAGUUUGCAGUCAACGAUCAGUUCACCUCAAAGCUGCACAGGCUCAAGGUGCAGGCGGUGGCAUCUCAAGGAGAGAGUGACCAUGAGGAAGGAGACGAGACAGAAAGUCGACGAUGACAGAAAACAUGAAAUUGAAGCUGCUAAUGAAGGCCAGG